UUCAGUGCAGUCAUCGCCACAUAGUGGUUACUAGGAAAAAUAUUUUCUUCUAUUUGACUCAGUGAAAAAUUGUAAACAAUUUGGAAAAAAUGGCAAAUUUCAUGCAAAAUAGUGUGGUGAACUAUGCUUGCACUUGUGGCCUUUUAAAUCCAAUAACGAAAUUAUUUUUUUGUCGCCAUUGCCUAAAGUUGAGGUGUGGUUUCUGCGUCUGCCAUGAAGUGGAUUCGCAUUUUUGUUCGAAUUGUUUGGAGAAUAUACCAUCAUCGGAGGCAAAACAUAAAAAGAAUUGCUGCACCAAUUGUUUCAAUUGUCCUUGCUGUCAGCACACUUUAUCAGCGCGAGCCACCAUGGUGGUGGUGCCGAAGAAAACUGAUGAAACGACGAAAGAGGGAGAAGGCGAUAGCGCCAAAGCUGUAACAAGGAAAAUGUACUAUUUGUCCUGUUUGGGUUGUCGUUGGACAUCGCGUGACGUAGGAAUACCAGAUCAAACUGUGGCUACUGGUGCAUGGCCCGAAAACGAAUGUUCUUAUCAAACACGCUUCAAUGCCUUGUUAGAGUAUUACCAAGCUGUGGUACUACAAGACAAACAAGAAAAGCAGGAGUAUAUACGACGUAAAACACCCAAAACACAUAAAUUUCCCAGUCUGACCGAUCGCACCGGGUUGACAGUUUCGAUGAUACGUCGCCAAAUCGGCUGGCCUGAUAAGAAUACCCAAAAAGCCAAGCCGGUAAAUAUAUCACCUUCGCUUGCAACAGAUGAACUUGAUGAGCUGCCAGCUGAUAUUUUCACUCAGCCAAUAAAUUUGCGAAAUGUCACUAAUAUCAAACAACGUCACGGCCAACCAUCCGAUCAGCCAUUCAACGUGAAUAAAUUAUAUCCACAGCGUCGUAUACUAUGGAUAAAACGUUCGUUACGUUGUCGCCAGUGCGAGCAUAAUGUCAUCAAACCGGAAUAUCAUCCGACAUCGGUUAAAUAUCGUAUACAGUUAUUCGCUAAUUACCAUGUGCCUGACGUUUUGCUUGUACAAAAUGAGCAAAUCUUGCGUGCAGGACAAUCUAGUUAUAUUGUACUCAAGCUUACGAAUCCAACAUUGCAUGAUGUUUCCAUAACAAUUAAAGAAUUACCAACGCUUGCUGAAGAAUUGCAAAUGAUCGAAGAAUUCAAGCUGGCUUGUAAAAUAAAGGAAAAUACCGCAACUAGUGCUGCAGCUGAAUCUCUAAAAUCCAUUACUAGUUCACCAUCGUUGACUAGUACCACACUCUCACGACAAGCAUCACUCAUUGAAGAACCACGUUUAGUUGAGCAAAAAUCAAAUGUGAAGCUGCAUGAGAAUGAAUUGAAAUUUGUACUCAAUCAACGGGAUGACUCGUCUGAAUUCGAUGAAGAUGUGCAAACGCCACGCGAGGAGCCUGAAUUUAUCAUUUGGCGCAAGUCCAAUAGAGCUUCUAUACGGCUCAACUUUACAACCGACGAAUCAUUACAAGCUGGCGAUAUGGUAAAAGUUGGUUUCACAAUGGAGUACACAUACGUGAAUACUGUGUCCAAUACACCAACUACGCAUACACUGAGCGCACGUGUCUUCAUUGAUGCCGGAAAAAUUGCUGAUGAAUAAUUUAUACUUAUAUUUAAGGGAAAUAUUCAAAGUUUCUGCUUUAAAUGCAGCGUUUAUGCAAGAAAAUAAAGGCUGCUUGGCGGUCAUUUAUUAUUAAAUGCUAGAGUAUUUACGCUAUUUGGAAAAGUAUUCCUAAUCAAUAUUUAUUUUUAUCUUUUGCAAUAUAAACCGAAAACAACAAAUAAAAUUGCUAAUCCAUUACUGCUAAUUUAACCUCGUGUAAGC